AUGGAGCUCGAGGAGGGGGACGAGCUGGCCCGGCUCCGCUCCCUCUUCGUGGCCUGCGACGUGCGGGGCUCGGGGCGCAUCGAGCGGGCGGAGUUCGGCUCGCUGUGCACCGAGCUGCGGGUGCGGCCGGCCGAGGCCGAGGCGAUCUUCCGGCGGCUCGACACGGACCGCGACGGGGCCAUCACCUUCCAGGAGUUCGCCCGCGGCUUCCGCGGGGCCAGCCAGCGGCCGCCGGCGCAGGACGAGGAGGAGGCGUGGGGCGCGGCGGGGCCGAACCAGCCCUGGCGGGAUUUCGAGCUGCGGCUCGGGAGCGAGGCCAGAUACAUCCCCAGGCAAGAGCAGGCCAGUGUUCUGUAUGCGAACAUCAGCUUAGUGGAACCAAGAUUAAUUCAGCCUUAUGAACAUGUUGUUAAAAACUUCAUCCAAGAGAUCAAACUUCAAAGCAUGGAGAUGGAAAGCUUGGCCAUAGCUGUAAAAAGAGCUCAGGAUAAAGCAGCAAUACAACUCAGUGAGAUGGAGGAGGAGAUGGAUCAGCGGAUACAGGCUGCAGAACACAAAGUCAAGAAGGAAGAGAAGCGGAAAUCUGAAGAGGCAUUAAAUGAUCUCAAGCGUCAGUAUGAGAAUGAAGUUGGUGAACUUCAGGUGACAAUAAAAAAACUUAAAAAGCUGGAAGAACAGUCCAAGACCAUAAAUCACAGAGAAGAUUUGGCUGAAUUAAAAAAAAGAAUACACGAAUUGUCGUGGGAAAAUCAGAAACUUAAAAAAGAUCUUUUAGAAGCACAGACAAGUAUAGCUUUUCUUCAGAGUGAAUUAGAUACUUUGAAAAGUGAUUAUGCAGAUCAAAGUUUGAGCUCAGAAAGAGACCUGGAAAUGGUCCGAGAAUACACUGAAGACAGAGAAAGCCUGGAAAGACAAAUUGAAAUACUUCAAUCAGCUAACAGAAAACUACAUGACAGCAAUGAUGGUUUAAGGAGUGCACUAGAAAACAGUUUAAGCAAAUGCAACAGAUCACCGCGUCUAACAAACAUCUCCCCGGGAAAUACAAUUACUAGAAGCAGCCCCAAAUAUAAUGGUGGCCAGUCUCCUCAAAAUCCACGAUAUGACAGAUCAUCUCGUUCUUCCUUUGUGGAUGAAGAUGAGUGUUUAGCCCUUUGUGACCCUCUGCAAAGGAUAAACUGUGAUGCUGAUAGCUUGUCUGAAAGCUGCUUUGACAGUGGUUUGUCUACCUUGAGAGACUCAAACGAAUAUGAUUCAGAAGUGGAAUGGAGACAUCAAAGAAGCUUUCAAAGGCCACACUGUAUGCAGGACAGUUCUGGUGGUGAUGCUUCUGAUACAGAUGUUCCGGAGAUCAGAGAUGAAGAGGCUUAUAGCCCUGACAACAGCAGUACAGCAGAAGACUGGAAAUCCUCCCAACCAGUCAGUCGAAGCAGCUCUAGUGCUUCAACAAGGAGGUGUCUCCCUGCCCUCUCGCCACAGACAGACACAAUAGACUAUAACCUGAAGUACCCUAAUUCAGAGAAGGCUUACAAGAUCGUUCUUGCUGGAGAUGCAGCAGUAGGGAAAUCCAGUUUCCUUAUGAGACUUUGCAAAAAUGAAUUUCGAGGAAACACCAGUGCAACUCUGGGAGUUGAUUUUCAAAUGAAAAGGCUUGUUGUUGAUGGAGAACCUACAGUGCUCCAGUUAUGGGACACAGCAGGACAGGAGAGAUUUCGAAGUAUUGCCAAGUCGUAUUUCAGAAGAGCAGAUGGUGUGUUACUGUUGUAUGAUGUGACGUGUGAAAAGAGUUUUCUUAAUGUACGAGAAUGGGUGGAUAUGAUUGAGGAUGCAACUCACGAGAAUAUUCCAAUCAUGAUGGUGGGUAACAAGGCAGAUCUUCGCCAAACAGUUUCAGAACAAGGACAAAAAUGUGUAUCAAUCAACUAUGGAGAAAAAUUGGCCAUGACUUAUAAUGCACUCUUUUGUGAAACAAGUGCUAAAGAUGGAUCUAAUAUUGUAGAAGCAGUUCUUCAUCUUGCUCGUGAAGUGCGAAAAAGAAGUGACAAUGAAGACACAGGGUCCGUAACCAACCUGGCUGAGCCAACUGUCAAAAAAUCGACACUAAUGAAGAACUGCUGUAAUAUAUAAUUAACAAAUUCCCUUUCUGCCCUAAAUAAUUUUACUUUUGUAUUUUUAUCACUUUUAAAAAUGAAGGAUUUACAUGAAGUUGUUCUCCUUAAAAUGGAUUUAUAUGUAUACAGUAGUUGCAAAACUUGAGA